AAAACAUGGACUAGCAGAAACCACCAAGUCCAACAAAGUUCUGUGUUUUUUGAGUCACUUUUUCUUAGAUUUCUUUGUGUGUUAGGAAUCGUUAUCUAGGUCUCUGUUUCUUUUUUAUUUUUAUUUUCUUUGGUUUUUUGUAAGCCCACCUGUGUCUUAUCUUGUGAGUUCGUUUUGUUUGCUAAUUUAAGUUUUUGAGAAGUUGAAUUUCUUAAAAUUUCUGUGCAAAACCUUGUUGGGUGAAUUAUCGACAAAUGGCAAAUUGACUUUAUGUCUUUUCAUUUUUGUGCUAUAUAUCUUUUUUGGAGUAGAAGUUGACAUUAAUGCUGUGUUUGGGCUUGGAUUUGGGGAGUAUGUAUCUUUUUCUUAUUUGGAGGGGAUAAAAUGGAGGUUGAAGAAGCUAACAUGGUAGCUGUUGAGAGCUGCCACAGAGUUUUAAGUUUACUGUCUCAGACCCAAGAUCAGGUUCAGUAUAGGAAUUUAAUGUUUGAAACUGGAGAAGCUAUUUUUAGAUUUAAAAGAGUUGUCUCGCUACUCAAUACUGGUUUGGGUCAUGCUAGAGUGAGAAAGCUCAAGAAAUUGCCAACCCCUUUUAACCGAUCCAUCUUUUUAGAUAAUCCUCUCAAUAGAACAACAGAUAAUCCACCUAAGAAUUUAAAGCUUCUCCAAUCAAGUUUCCAUGAAAACCAAAAUCAAGAAAUGGGGGCACUUGCUAAAAGUUCUUUAACGUUGGGAAAUUCAUCUCUAGAACUGAUGUCAAAUGGGAAAAACCUUCCUCAACUUGUCCAACAAACACCUUCAUCAGACUACCAUUUCAUUCAGCAGCAACAACAACAGCUGCAAAAAAGGUUACAUCUUCAGCAGCAGCAAUUGAAGCUUCAAGCGGAAAUGAUGUUUCGAAAGAGUAACAGUGGAGUGAACCUGAAUUUUGAUAGCUUUAGCUGCGCACCUACAAUGUCAUCCACUAGGUCUUUUAUUUCUUCCUUGAGUAUGGAAGGAAGUGCGGCUAAUUCGGACGGGAGUGCCUUCCAUUUGAUUGGGGCGCCUCUUUCAUCAGAUCAGAGUUCUCAACAACACAAAAGGAAGUGUUCUGGAAGAGGGGAAGAUGGGAGUGUGAAAUGUGAGAGCAGAGGCAGGUGCCAUUGCUCAAAGAAGAGGAAACAUCGAGUGAAGAGGUCCAUCAAGGUGCCUGCCAUCAGCAACAAGCUUGCCGAUGUCCCUCCCGAUGAUUACUCUUGGAGGAAGUAUGGACUGAAGCCAAUUAAGGGUUCUCCUCACCCUAGGGGAUACUAUAAAUGUAGCAGGGUGAGAGGUUGUCCUGCAAGGAAGCAUGUGGAGGGGUGCUUGGAAGAUGCAUCCACGCUUAUUGUUACGUAUGAAGGGGAACAUAACCACCCGAGGUAAUGAUGUGGAUGUGGUAUUGACAACUUUAGGGAAAAAAACAUGCUGAGUUAGUGGGGCACGGCAAGUUCAAUUUUUGUUCUGCUUUUUCUUGGAAAAUCUCAGCCCCUAGAUUACAAAUCCAGGGGCUGAGCUGACCUGGUAACAUUUCAGGAGGGAUAAUUUUAUCUAUAGUGGGUUCACUGGACACACUUUUCAUGUGGGUUUCAUUGUAAAAGAAUGCAGUGUUUUGAAAAUUUAGAUGGCUUUAACACGAAAA